GGGCAGCCUCGAAAAAAGAGAGCAGAGUACGCUAGAAGAGGAAGAGGCAAGCCGAGCGCAUGAACGGCAAUUGAAUUUUUUGCGUGCGUGAAGGUUGGAGUGAAGAUUUCGAGUCCUAGUCCCCACCGCAAAAAGUGGGUCAGAAUUGAAGCCGUUCGAUUAGGCCAAACAAAAAAUAAGAAUCACUCGAAAAGUGCAGCUACAAAACGCCGCCAAAGAGGAAAAGUACACGAGGGUGGUACAAAGAGUAAAAUAGAUUCAACCCGAAAACGCCUGGAAAAUGUAAACAAUUUGUAAACACAACAACGACAAGCGUUUUCUGAAAAAUUUGUUAGAUUUUUACAUCGAUCAAACUCUCGCAUGAUAAACGAAUAAGAACGGACGAUUAAAUAAAAUUGACGGAGUGUGACGGCUAUGGGAUACCCUUAAAUCGCGUAAAGUGAAUGAUAUUGACAACGGAAAAGCGCUUCUCCAUCGACUGCCGCCUUGUGCUAUAGAAACGUGAUCUCAACACUCUUAUGAUGGAACUUUUGUCAAACAAUUCGGUUCCGCAACAAAUGGCCAGCAGCAAUGCGCCGAGCGCCAACGGCGUGGCCAACUCUUCGACGGCCAACGGAAGUGGCGGCGGCAGUAUAAGCAGCAAUGCCAGCAACUCCUCUGAGCGGCUGCUGGCGGGCAUCCUCGAGAGCUUUCCCGCCUGGGAUCUCAACGUCGGACUGCUACCCAAUGUGGGUCAAAGCUCUCCACCACGUACGGACUUUUUCAUUAACAACUUCCUAGGCGGCCUGGAUACGCAUGGCGAUUUCAGCAUCGGACCCAUUGGCAGCGGAGCACGCAGCAAUCCUAAAAUGUCGCCAGAGUCCUCAAAUAAUUCAAGCAUCAGUUGCGGCUGGUGCGAGGUGAGCGCUUCGAUACGCUGCUUGGAGUGCAACGAGUUCAUGUGCAACGACUGCCUGAGGGAGCACCGUAACAGUCCAUUGUCCUCCAACCACUCGAUCGUGUCCCUGCCUACGCCCAUUGGGGCCUCGCCCACAGGUGGUAGCUCGGUAAAUGCUCAGACUCCGCCUAGCGGCAACUUUAUCUGCGACAUACACAAUGAAAUGUUGCGCUACGUAUGUGACUAUUGUCGGAAACUGGUGUGCCAGUGCUGCACCCUGCACGAGCACAAAGAGCACAGCUACGCUUCCAUUCAGAGCUUCAUGGUGGGCUCCAAGGAAAAACUUGAUGGCGCCAUCGAGAGCAGCCAGGUGGGCACGCGCUGCAUAAAGAGCAGCAUUGACAAGGCGCUGGCCUUCAUCCGGCUGAUCGAGCGCAACUGCAGCGAGCUAAGUGACAAUAUACGCAAGGCCUUCCGCCAAUUUAUUAUUGCCAUCGAGGACCGUGAACGUUUCCUUUUGGAUUUUGUGGAAAAACUCCGCCAGCGUCGCCUGGCCAUCCUGCAUGAUCAGAUGGCUGGCUUGAAGUCUGCUCUCGCUGGACUUUCUGAAACCUCCGAUAUGCUUAGCAAGGUGGCGGACAAUGCUUGCAACAUGGACCAGAUUGAAAUUGCCAUGAAGCUGACCAAUGGACAGAGGCAGAUGGAGCAGUUUGCGGGCAUCUAUAAGGACCUGCAGCCUAAGCAGGAGGUCUUUGCCUUCGCCCCACCAGAUUAUAGCCUGCUACAGGAUAUCCGCAACCAGGGUGGUGUAAUCCUGGUGGAUGACAAGAACAUGCCCAUCGUCUCGAGCAGCAACGGAAUUGUGCCGAGUGUGCCUAGUGUGAGUGCCGUGGCCGCCGCCUCUGUGGCAGUUGGAGUGGGAGGCGUCGGUGGAGUAGUCGGAGGCGUUGGUGUGUCCAACGGCAUGGACAUGGCUUUUGGCAUGAACAUGGCCACAAAUCCAUUGAGCGUGGCCUCCUCGAGUGUUCGACGACCUCUGCUUCGAGACAAUAGCUUCCGGAUUCCAUCGCCUAUCAUGCAACCGCGCGGAGGAAGUGCCUGCGGUAUGUCAAGCGGCAUGUCCAGCGCCGCUUUGGACUGGGAACUCAACGGACUGCGCAGCUCACCAGGACUACACUUUAGUGCGCCACGAACCACACAGGCCAUUCCGGGUUGCAUGGAUUUGGUCAAGGUGCGGAACUCAAAUGCUCUCUCGUUAUCGUUCGCCACUGAGGGCCAUGAAGACGGACAGGUGAGCCGGCCGUGGGGCCUAUGCGUGGAUAAAAUGGGCCAUGUUCUCGUGUCGGAUCGCCGCAACAACCGUGUUCAGGUCUUCAAUCCCGAUGGCUCCCUAAAAUUUAAGUUUGGCCGCAAGGGCGUGGGCAAUGGAGAGUUUGACCUUCCCGCUGGAAUAUGUGUGGAUGUGGAUAAUCGCAUUAUUGUUGUGGACAAGGACAAUCAUCGUGUGCAGAUCUUCACUGCCAGCGGCGUCUUCCUACUCAAGUUCGGUAGCUACGGCAAAGAGUAUGGUCAGUUCCAGUAUCCGUGGGAUGUAGCUGUAAACUCGCGCCGCCAAAUAGUGGUCACCGACUCGCGCAAUCAUCGCAUUCAGCAGUUCGACUCAGAGGGACGAUUCAUUCGCCAGAUAGUGUUCGACAACCAUGGGCAAACCAAAGGAAUCGCCUCGCCACGAGGCGUUUGCUAUACACCCACGGGCAACAUCAUAGUGUCUGACUUUGACAACCACUGCCUCUACCUGAUUGAUCCAGACAUCAACGAUAUUCUUUCCGUGAAGGGACACGAGGGUUCGGGCUUCCACGAGUUCAAUCGGCCCUCGGGCCUGUGCUGUGACGACGAGGGCCGCAUUAUAGUGGCUGAUUCCAAGAAUCAACGCAUCCUGGUCUUCAACCAGAACCUGGACUUUAUGUGGGAUAUCGAGGUGCGACCCUCCAUCAAUCCUUUGAUGCCGCCCACGCUAGACGAGAAGGAUCGCACCUGCGAUGUGGCCAUAAUGCCAGAUGGUCGCAUUGUAUUCCUCAUUGAGCUGUCGCCAGACUCCAAGGAAGGGUCUAACCCUUAUAAGCGGUUUGUGCACGUAUUCUAAAUUAGGCUACGAGUGCUGAUCUUUUUUGACCAUUUACAAGAGCUAAGCGUUAGCGUAGAGACCCAAAUAACAGAACGAUAAAGAACAGGUGCCGAAACCGAAAUAAUAAGGGAAAAUCAGAAUUGAGUGCGUGGAAAUUAGCGAAAAUUUUUAGCUUAAGUGCUACAACGAUUACCUCGAUAAUGCUUAAGAGUUAUGGUUACGAUUUGGUAAUUUACAAUACAAUACGAAUUACACAUAUGUAUCUAUGGAUAUCUAUAUCUAUAUCUGCAUAUGCAUAUAUCUAGCGAAUAUACAAGCCCAACCAACCAACUAGAACUAAAACUAAAACUAAAACGAAAACGAAAACUAAAACGGAAGGCAGUUGAGUAGUAGGACAUAGGAGAUAUAUAUAGAUGUAGGAUCCGUGAGCAUUCAGUAGAGUUACCGAACCUAGUAAAAGAUAAAGCAAAGAGGGAAACUCAACCAUUUACUAGAUGAAAAUAUUAUUACCUGUUAGUUAGACUGAAAGGCAGUUUGCUAGCUUAUAGAACGAGAGGUCAAGAAGGUGGGGAUUGCGUUUUUUAUGGGGUUGCUUAGCGGAAUGAGGGAACUACAUUCGACAAGAGUUACUAAACAUGAUUUGCAGAAACACUGUGGAAUGGUAUUAAUGUUUGUAUUAUAUUCUUAAUUCGUUUGUUUAGUUCUUUUUAAAUGUUUAUUUUAAAAUUAAUUUUUUUGGGACAUAAUUUUAAUGAUUUUCUUAUAAUUGAGACUGAGCAUGUGAGAACACGAACUUUGUAAAUGGAAGCAAAGCAAAACAAAACGAAGAAACAAAACAAAAACCAGAAAAUAUUGAUGAAACCCGCUGACUUUUGGUUGAACUUUUAACAAAGACUGAUUAACUAAACCGCAAUUUCGGAGCCAACUAAGGAGCCAUAUAUGGUGAGGCCAAAAUAAGUGAAUAAAACCAACACACUCAAAUUGCAAUGACAUUGAUAACGUAAAGUAACUUAACAUAGCUUAGCAUACACACUUUCAUACAUAUAGCGAUACAGAUAUCAUAUAUAGUUCCGAUCAUCCAGUCACAAAUCAUCAUGGGCAUAGCUGAAACCGAGUUUAACUGACAUUCAUCCACAUUAACCCAUCAAUCCAUCCAUUCAUUCACACCGAUCAUGCAUCACAGGGCUUUGGUUUGUGUCGUUACUUUGUAAUUAAUUGUGAAAGGAUUUUUACCCACAGGAUACACGGCAGGUUGAAAGGAGGAGGGGUUAGCUAAAAUGAUUAGAGGAGUUGGGGAGUUAGAGAGUUGGGGGGAGUUUAACAAACAAAACCUUAAAAAAAAAAUAACGAAAAAAUUAUCAUAAUUUUUGACUCAAUGUGUUCAUUAGCAUUUAGUAGACUUAGCGGGCGUGGCAUAGUGAAAACGUAUGAAAAAUCCAGAGCAAUAUAUGGGCGUAUUGAAUACACAUUUAGGUGACAUGUUCCUCGCAAACGAAACAAAUGAAACAAAAAAAAAAAACGAUGAAACUUAAUGAAAUCAUGGGCAACCCACAUGAUGAUUAGCUGAAUUAUCUGUCUAAAGAGUGGAACGGACAUGGAUUUUUAAUAGCAAAUAUAUACAAACUCAAACAGAUAUAUAUAGAGCCGACUAGGACCGAUUCUAGGCUAAAGACCGGGCGUAAAAAUGUAAAAUGUAUUAGAAAACUUAGUUACUUAGAUUACGUUAUGUUCUUACUGUUUUGAGACGUUCUAUUCUUUGUACUUGUGUUCAAACCCGACUUCAACGGAUCGAUAGAGAGAGAGAGAGAUGAUACAUAGCUAACACUCCUUCCACGAAUAAAGCAACAUUGCAUAAAAUGCGCAAAACAAACAAAACAAAAACAAAAACCUAAAAUCUAAAAUCUAAAAAACACUAAAACUAACCUUAAAAAAAGAUGCAAAAAUGCCUGAGACUCUACGAGAGCGGUGGCAACAAAAACAUAUACAAUAUUUAUAUACACGUAAUAUACACCAGAUGGCAGGAAGCAGAAGGCAGGGGGCAACCACCCACAGCUAUAUAGAGCUAUAUAGAGUAGAUAUCGUAAUUAUUUUACACCUAACUUAGUUUAGCCAACCCCCGGGGAGUCUCAGAAUCUCGGGGAACCACACGAUCGCCAUAACAUACUCGUAACCUCAUUUUAUCCAAUCGUAACACCUUGAAGCGCCGUUCAUUUCUUGUGAUCCAGAUCGAAUCAUUCAAAACACUCGCACACAAAGCGCACGCAGAGCAUCCCCCACAAAUAUCGUAUGUAUAUAUCAUAUAUAUCGCAUCGUAUCGGGCCUAGCGACAUCUGAGAGAAUGCCAUAUUUUAUAUUUGUGUGAGAUUUACUAAACCAAUACUAAAGAACUAAAUACUUAUAUCAUUACAAAUGAGCGCCGUUUUCUAAAAGCCACAGUUUAGAAAUUGUGUAAAAAAAAAAAAAACAAACAAAACAAAAAAUAUUUAAAAAACAUUAUAACUACAAGCAAAAACAAAUAGGGAGGACAAUUAAUGAGAUUUAAGCGAAUACCGAAUGCCAUAAUUCAAAAUAAAAAGCAUUUAAACGUAUAUAUCUAUAGAAUACUAAAGUAUGUUAAACACAACAAAUUACUACAAGUCAUGAGGAUACUGAACAAUUUGCCAAAGGCUUAAGAAUCAAAAUGAGAAAGCAAACCAAUAACUUACACACACACACUACACUCAAUAUAUAUACACACACAGAGACACAAACACAUUCAAACAGAUAGUUAAUUCAAGUUUUUACAAAAUACAUACCAAAAAUACUUAAUAAAAUCCAAGCAGGUAUUUUUUCAAACAACCGAAUAUUCCAAAAACACGUUGCCCAAAAUACACCUACGAUUAAUUCUAAAGCAAACAAAAUGCUCAUAUACACGUAGCUAAUAAACUAAAACAAAAGAAAAACAACACUAAACGAAUCCAAAACUUAAAUCAGGUAUUCAAAUUUUUUUCGUAUUACGUACUUAGUAUUUAAGCAAAAAGGUAAAACAAAAAUGGGAAGCGACGGAAGAACGGCAAACUUAAUGACUAAAAAUCAUCAUGUGAAUGAUUUUCAAAAAUAAAAUUAAUAAAAAAAAAAAUAAACGAUCAUUGCAAAACCCACAUACAUAUUUACUAAGCAACAUUUUAUAACAAAUCGAUUGACGAUGCUAAAACAAAACGGAAUGAUGAACUCUUAUAUCAAAAUACAAUUUUGAGUAAAACUUUUAAUGACAAAUGCAAAAGCAAUUCUCGGCAAGCACAGAGAAAUGAUUUCAUUACCUAUAAACGAUCUUUAAAAUUAUACAUAACGCAUACAUACAUACAUACAUAUAUGUUUUGUCGCGAUCAUUUAGCUUAGUUAGUUUCUAACGACAUCCCCAAGAUUGUAACUAAAUUUGAAAAUAUUUCUCAUUUGGAAAUUAUAUACAUAAACAUAAACAUACGCAUACAUACAUACACGUACUAACAUAUGUAAUAAUUAUGGAGCAAUUGAGUACAAAACGAGUACAAAUUUAAAUUUUAAGCCAGAUCAGACGACACAGAUAAACACACACACGCGAACACAGCUUAAGUUACAACAAAAAGAUACAUAGAUACAUGGAUCAGCAUAUAAAAUAUUGAUAGGCCAGCUACUGGUUUCGCAUAGCAAAUACUGCAUAUAUUCAUAGAGGAUCAUGAUCAUGGUCACGAUCACGAUCGAGUGGAGAGGAUUCAUCGAAAUAGCCAGCAUACUAACCGCACUUAUAAGCAUAGUCGCAUACAUACAUAGUUACUUAAACAUAGACUAACCCCCAUAUACUAUAUAUCUAGGGCAAACGAUUACCAAAAUUACCAAAUUACCAAAAUCCCUCCUUACCCCUAUUAAUCUUCAAAUAUGAUUUGCUUUGCGAUCGUUAAGGGGAGAUCACUUUUGGCAUAUUCCUAUGCAUAUGUACGAGUAUAUGCAUAUGCCCACUUUUCUCAUACAUUCUCACCCUCUCAGCAUACAAGCAUACAAGCAUACAGCGUACAUACAUACAUAUAUGUAGGGGCGUGCGGGUACUAGGUACACCCACCAAUAAGCAGCUAAUUAAGUCAUAUGGCGAUAAAUCUAAAGAUCUACCAAAUCUACCAAAUCAAGCGACAAAUUCAAUAACGAGUUGCAGUUUAAAAUUGUAAUUGUCUAAUAGUGAAAAUGGCGAGAAAAUCGGAAACAAGCGCCGACCACGGCGUUACUUACUAAUUCGUGGUCUGGCAUUUUUCUAUAUACAUGCAUACACAUACAUAUUUAUAUACCCAAAUAUAUAUAUACAUACAUAGAUGUGGACUUGACGAGACAAGAGUAAGAGUAUAUUUUAUACGAUAAACAAAUUUUAUAACAUAUUUAAUAAUAAAUUAUACACUAAUAAUUGUGGA